AUGGCGUACUUCAGUGCCUCGCCUUCAUCUUCUUCCCCAGCCCGCGAAGCUCAUCUACUCUGCUGCAACUCGUUAUUCCCUCUGAAUCUCUCCCAGCUCGGAACCCAUGAAAACCUCAACUUUCGCCUCAAAUCCCACCAAACAAAUCCCUCCCUCCGCAUCUUCUGUAAGCUAUCUUCACAGGAGCCCGAAAUCAAGGACCGAACCCAAGAAUCCGCGAGCCCGGAUCAAACGGCGCUGUCUCCGUCGAAGCGCCACGUCUGGGUCAACCCGAAAAACCCUCUGGCCGCGAAGCUGAUUCAGAGAACCGAAUUUGCCCGCCACAUUUCCUUGGUCAAACUGGGGGAAUCUUUAAAUUCGUGCAGCCCGACCGUGGAGAACGUCUCGGGCACGUUGAGUGUCCUUGCCGACUACGAAAUAACCGAUCAGGACGCCGUGGCGGUGUUGAAAAACUUGUCGAACCCUAAAACCGCGCGGCUGGUGCUUCACUACUUCAGGAAGAAGCUGAGAUCGUGUAGAGAGAUUGUUCUGUACAACGCGACCAUGAAAGUGUCUCGAAAGUAUAAGGAUUUAGAGGGUGCCCAGAAGCUGUUCGAUGAAAUGCUGGAGACGGGGAUUAAGCCCAAUAUUGUCACCUUCUCGACGUUGAUUAGCUGCGCCAGGCGGUGUUACUCGCGCGAUAAGGUGGCCGAAUGGUGCGAAAAGAUGCAAACUUUCGGGCUCGAGCAAGAUGAUGCCACUUGCUCGAUCAUGGUGAACGCGUACGGAGAAGUGGGGGAAGUCGAUGCUGCUUUAUCUCUGUACGAACAUGCCAGGAGUGAAAAAUGGCGUCUAGAUGCUCUGGCUUACUCGACUUUGAUUAAGAUUUACGGGUUGAGGGGAGAUUUUGGUAAGUGUUUGAAUUUAUACGACGAAAUGAAGGCCUUAAAGGUCAGGCCAAUUGCCAGCGUUUACAACUCCUUGAUGGAUGCAAUGAUUUCGGCCAAGAAGCCAUGGAAGGCGAAGAGUAUCUACCAAGAGAUGAUGGAAAAUGAAAUCGAGCCAACUUGGGGCACAUACUCUGCUCUAAUUCGAUCUUACUCCCGGCUUAGAUAUGGUCGUGAUGCAAUCGCUAUUUAUAAGGAAAUGAAGGAGAAGGGUUUUGGGCUAAAUGUAGCUCUGUACAACUACCUUCUCUCCAUGUGUGCUGAUAUUGGGUUUACCGACGAGGCUUUUGCGAUUUUCGAGGAUAUGAAAAAUUCAGGCACUAGCAAACCCGACAAAUGGACGUAUUCGUCCUUGAUCACUAUAUAUUCAUGCAGUGGUCUAGUUGAGAAAGCUGAGGCCACUCUGAACGAGAUGUUGGGCUCGGGUUUGGAGCCCAACAUCAUUGUACUAACCUCGAUUAUCCAAUGCUAUGGGAAAGCCGGGCGUACGUGUGAUGUCGUGAGGACAUUCGAUCGUUUGUCGGAUUUCGGAAUAAACCCAGACGAGAGAUUUAUUGGAAGCCUUCUUAACGUUUUAACUCAAGUGCGGAAGGAAGAGAUAUCCGAGUUGACCGUUUGCAUCGAGAAGGCCAAUCCAAAGCUCGGUUAUUUUGUGAAUCUUUUAGUUCAUGAAGAAAAUUUGGAUAAAGAAAGGUUAAAAGGAGAAGCGAACGAGCUUUUCGGCUCGGUUUGCGUCGACGUUAGAAAACCGUACCUCAAUACCUUGAUCGACCUCUGUGUGAACGUGGCUCGACAGGAGUGGGCUCGUGGGCUAUUUGAAUUCGGGCUCGAGAAAGGAAUAUACGAAGGUGUAAUGUCUAAAACACCCUCGAUUUGGUCUUUGAAUCUGAAGAGUUUGUCUUCAGGGGCGGCCUUGACGGCACUGCGUAUAUGGGUGAAUGGCUUGUCGAGCGCGGUUGAGAGUGGUGAGGAGUUACCGAAUUUGCUCGGGAUUAAUACGGGCCAUGGGAAGCACAAGUAUCCAAAGAAGCGGUUAGCGGGCUUGUUUGAGGCCCAUUUGAAGGAACUGAAUGCGCCGUUUCGUGAGGCGACUGAUAAGGUCGGCUGGUUUGAGACGACGAAAGUUGAGGUCUUGACUUGGCUCGAGUCGAGGCGUACUCGAGAAGAUGCAAUCUGUGUAUAG